AUGGCGGCGACUCGUGAGACUGCCAAAAUGACGCGACGAAAAUGCGCGGCGUUACGGCGUUCGCUUAAGCAUGGCAGGUUGUCUCCGAGUGAUAAGAUUCAGGCACCGAUCCAGGAGAUGAAGAAGUGUUUGGGUCAGCUAAAGCGAAUGGUCCCAACUAUCGAACAGCACCAGAAAAUCAAUCAACUGGAACUUCUUCAACACGUGAUUAACUACAUUCAGGAUUUGGAGGUGACUCUCGAUCAUCCUGCACAAAUCCUCGCAUCAAAAUCACCGUGCCGAGAGGGAACAGAUAGUGGACACAUCGUUCAGACGUGAUUUUCGUUGGCUCUAGCUACGGAAGUGCAACCGCAUUGACAGUGAUAUGUACAGUUUUUUGACACACUUCACCGACAAAACUAUCCUGUUUGGUUUGUAUGUAUAUAAGAGUAAAUAUGUUUUAAUCAAUUACAUCUGCAAAUUUGCGUGUCUCCUUGAUUACAUUACAGACUCCUGCUA